CCCCUUCAGACAGAUAACAUCGUCCAGGUCCAGAAACAGUCAUCACCAGCCAGUACGAAUCAACUCCCCAGCAGCCAUAGAACUCAGUGUCAUCCGAUACCUGCGACCGCACAGUACUACGAGCCAGAUCACAUACCGCCAACUUGCCUGCUCCCACCGGGUACAUUUGACCCUGCAGGGUUUGGGGACAUCCCCCUCUGACGAACUGCUCUCUGCUCAUCACCAGCUGCUUCAACGCUACAUACACAGUGACUUUUGCCUCUCCCAGAGGAAGCGCUGAAACGAAUUUCCCAGGAUGGCCUCCGUUUCCGACACCGCCUCUCCAGGAAAGGUUGAAUCGCCAACGACGACAGCAAAGGCCAGCCAGAACAGCAAAGACGUAAAGAGAUACUCUAGGAAGUUUCUACUGGCCCUCCGAAAUAGCCCCUUGGCUGUCAAACCGGAAAAGCUGAACUUGAUUGAUUUCGCAAAUGCUACGGCUCCGCCAAGAGAGCGUGGAGGAGGCCGAUCCACGGCAACCUCGAUGAUUGCCGGAACAUCUGGGAGCGGGGCACCCGGCGAGAAGACAGUAGGCGAUGCCUUACCCCACCCGCCUAAUCGGGCUGGAUCGAGCUCGAGAUUUGCAGAGAAGAAUCUCGUUUUCGGCCCGCCUAAAAUGAGCUUUGCAUCUGCGCAAACGAAUGGAUUGAAGAACAUGACGCAAGAAGCUGGUGAAUCCGGGAAACGAGCCAAGUCUCCCGAACCAAGUUUGGCCCCUAAGUAUUCCGUCGCCGACCGUUUAGCAAACCGUCCAAACAAUCCUCGUAACAGAGACAACCCAGCAAUAGCAAGGGAUACCAGCGGGAGGGAACGAGACUCUUCCGACCGAGAGCCUCGUGAUCGUGAGCGGGAUGGCCGAGAGCCUCGGGAAGGUCGUGAGCGGGACAGGGAUGUUGCGGGGGUAGGAAAGCCCUCCGUCGUCAGCGACCGUGCCACAGAAAGAAGAAACACAGGACGAAGUGAAGAUCGGCCAAUACGGACUGAGCGGCCAACGUCUUCGGGUACUGGUGGCGGAUCAUGGAGGGACCGAACUGAAGGCGGCGCAUCAUCGCGUCCCAACACAGCCAAGUCCAACGAACCCUGGUCUCCUGGAACCAUGCCCAUGCGUCGCGUCGGCCGCGAACGCGAUGGUCAACCAGAAUGGAUGAGCGCAGAUUCCGACAAAGUCUCGUCAACCAAUGGUGGCGCCGGAUCUAAUGAUCAGUCUGCUGGCGGUGGUCUUUCAGAACAGCAAGAUGACAUUCAGCGGUUCAAAGCUCAGAUGCGAAGACGAGAAGCAGCGAACAGGAAGGAAGAACCAGGCAAAUCGUCGAACACUCAGGAACGCGAGAAGGUGCCUGCCGCCGGAAGUACUGCUUCUGGCCCGUCAAUGGUCCCAUCGGAUGCGGAUGCCUUAGCUGCUGCUGCGGCCGCCGCGGCAGCUGCAGCGGCUCUUGCUGCUGCACAAACCCCGACAACGGUUCCGGAAGAUAUGUCUGCUUUCUUUGACAUCAACUUUGACAUCAACAAUGUUCCCGUGAAGAACAUUUUUGACUCGUCAUCGGGUGGAGAACCGGCCAAACAGAAAGGAGAGCGAUCCCGAUUCGCUCGUUUUUGGAGUGAAACGCCCGGCCAGCCUAACGACGGGGCGCUGGACAGCAGGAAGGAAAACAACCUGCCUGAGCACAAUCCCCAAGCUGGCAUGCAACGUAUAGGCAUAAACGACCUCUUCAGCGCCGCCGGUCGUAUGGAAAGCAGCAACAUGCAGUUCGGCGGACAAGGACCCCCCGGUAUCCGGAAUGUCCCUCCACAACAAGCACUGAGUGAGGAAGAUUUGCUGGCUGCUUAUAGGAAUAACGCCAAAAGGAAUGGCGAAGGCAAGAGCGGCCCCCCUCAGACACAGUUUCAGCCAUGGAAUGAUCAACACAAAGCACCUGCUACUCCAUCAGAGGAGGACCGUGCGGGCAUAAGCAGGGUAAUGGAGAAGCUCGCGGGAUUCAGUGUGAAUCAGGCACCGAUGAAUAACGACCGACUCGGAUACCCCGAUGAUCCCGCCGCGCGCCAACGACUAGCUGACCCGGCUGCGCUCAGCGGUCAGUACGCCAAGAACGGAAAACAACCAACCGGCCCGCCACCAGCUGCCCGCUUCGACGACAAGCUCGGUCAUACCAAGGAAAAUGCUCGGUUCCCUCCUCCGCAGCACAAUAUGCAGCAGGGAUACUACCCACCCCAAAAUCAACCGCAACAUCCGCUGCAGCAACAGCAACAACAACAACAACAACAACAACAGUCGCUAUAUCAUAACACAGUGAACAUGGACCUGCCGGACGACCCGAGUUUGCAGCUUACCGCCAUGAUCCAGGCGGCCAGCAAAGCUAAACGAAACCAGAAUCAAAGUCAAAUUCAGAAUCCUCAGCAGCAGCAACACCAUGGCCCCCCUGGGGAUAUGAACCGUCAACCUUAUGCUCCGGGUUUACGCAAUGAGGAAGGUAUGAGGUUCAAGCAGCUUGGGAAUGAAAUGUUGGGUGGUUCAGGUCCUUACGGAGAUCCCCGCAUUCCUUCAGGAGUUCACGAGCUACCGAUGGGACCGGGAGGCCCAGCUCGAUUCCACCCCAUGGGCGGCCCACCCUCGCCUCACAACGGUCAAAGACCCAACUCCGGUUCUCAACAACAACAAGUCCAGCCCCACCAACUUUCACACCAGCAACAACCAGGUUUGCAGCCGCAACAGCAACAUACGUCUCCCCCAAUAGCACCCUUCUUCAACAUGAACGGCGGACCGCCCGGACCACCACCGCCUAUGCACCACUUCUUGCCCCCGCAUAUGUUGCCGCCGCCACCGCAUAACUUCCAGCCGCCACCCCCCGGCGUGCAUAUCGGUGGAAUGUUGCCGCCGCCGCCCCCUGGUCAUCCGCAUCAUAUUCCGAUGCAUCAUGUCUAUGGCGGUAUACCCCCACCCCCGUUUCCAGUGUUCAUGAAUCAGCAGCCCCACCUGAUGAGGUCGCCACCCGUCGAUGAAAGGUCAUCUUGAAGACCGACAAGCAUAACUCGAGUGACGCGGUAUGAUGAGAAGACGGAGUCAACGAACGGAGUCAAAGAAAAAGAGAUUGUUUAAGCUUCAAAGCGUCGGGAUUUGCAAAGCUCAAGGCAAGAGUCGGUUGUCACAAACAGUCCGAAAUCAAGGAAAGUGGAUGAAGAACGUGCCGAGAAGCAAAUGGGCUUCCUCCAGGAUAGGCUAACCGGAAAUCACCAAAAACCUUCCAAGAACGCGAAAACUGUACAGCUUAGUGUAGCGAAGAGGGACUUUGCGCACCUCACCCCACGGGUAGCUUCGUCAGGGCAGAACUUUGAUACCGUUACCGUACAUACGUUUGAGUGUAGCAAAGUAUUUGGUGGUUUACAUCUUCCUCUUCUGUAUGGAUCUUUCAGGUCUCCUCGUAGUUUGUGAGCCCACCGUCUGGGAUGUUCCAGCAAGUGGUCGGAGUAGACGUUCCAAAUUGUCCACCGAC